AUGGCCGGCACAGACAACCCCUGUCAGCGGUGCGGACGACCCACGGGCCAGAGCUCCAGCUUCACGUUCCGGCCCCGUGGCGGCGCCACCGGGGUCACCAAAUGCCUCCGCUGUGCUUUGCGUCACCGGCCGAUGCUGCGUCGGUCGUUAAUCGCCAGCGCCGUGGUGGGCACGGCCCUCACGGCGCUGAAUCAAGGUGACGCCAUCCUAGCAGGCCAAGUGGCCGGCGCGCUGGCCUGGAAGAUCCCGUUGACCUACUGUGUUCCCUUCCUGGUAGCCACCUACGGAGCGUUGGCCAACAGCCGAAACUGA